GUAAACAUUGAUGUAUUCUGUAUAAAUUAUACACCGCUUUUCGUUUUCUGCCAUUUGGUGUCAGCUGCCAUAGGUCUGAAGCUUUCAGUAUUUGUCAGCUGUAGAUUGAAUCGAUUCUAACAGUCUUGAAAGUUAAGUUAUGAUAAAAUUUCUACGGAUAUCGGUCCUGGUACCGAUCAUCCUCGUUGCUUUGCCAACAUCUCUCGGCUUCCAGUUUGUCCACCACAACCAUGAGGCUAUGCUCGAUGUCAUUAAUGACGCCAAUAGGCGAUGUCCAGAAAUCACAAGAAUCUACAACCUCAGUGAGCCAUCAGUGCGGAACCGAAGUCUGACUGUAAUCGAGUUCUCUAACAACCCCGGAAUACACGAGGCUGGUAAACCUGAGUUCAAGUAUGUCGGCAACAUGCAUGGUAAUGAGGUGGUGGGGCGGGAGGUGCUUCUCAAGCUCAUUGACUUCUUAUGUGAAGGUUACAAACAGAACGAUCAGCUAAUCCACUUCCUGGUGAACAGCAUACACAUCCACAUCAUGCCAUCCAUGAACCCUGAUGGCUGGGAGCAGGCCUACAGGAACUACAAUUAUGCCAAGGAGAAGGGUGGUGAUCCUGACUGGCUUAUUGGUCGCGCCAACAACAACAGCGUGGAUCUGAACCGCAACUUCCCCGACCUGAACUCAAUUAUGUAUCAGCAUGAGGCAGAACACAAGGGCCGUAACAACCACCUGGAGAAGGUGGAAUUUGCAAUUAAGAACGUCACCAAUCUGCAGCCAGAGACACGUGCUGUGAUGAAAUGGCUAGCAAGGAUCCCGUUUGUCCUGUCGGCUAACCUCCACGGCGGGGACCUUGUUGCCAACUACCCAUACGACACUACCCGCAGUGGCAAACCGCAGGAGUACACCAAGGCGCCUGAUGAUGCAACCUUGAGGUAUCUGGCCAGGUCCUACGCCAAGGAACACACCAAGAUGGGUCAGCCCCAUGAAGCAUGCGACAUGACCGGUGAUGACAACUUUGGGGAGCAAGGUGGCAUCACUAAUGGGGGAGAGUGGUACUCAGUGCCUCGAGGUAUGCAGGACUACAACUACCUUGACACCAACUGCUUUGAGAUCACCCUUGAGCUGGGCUGCACCAAGUUCCCCUGGGACUGGGAUCUGGAAGACUACUGGAAAGAGAACAAAGAUGCCCUUAUCUUCUACAUCCUGCAGAGUCACAUUGGAGUGAAGGGUCUCGUGAAGACAACCGAUGGAGUUCCUGUAAAGGAUGCUGCCAUCAAGGCGACCAACAUGACAUCGAGUAUAUUGCUCAUGAUAUUCUCAGGUUUACUAAUUCAGGCUGCUUGCUGUAACUCAUCCUACAUCUAUGGGAUCAACUUUACAUCAGGGGUUGUUGUCUUUACAGCUGCUGAUGGUGAUUACUAUCGCCUGUUGAUUGACGGGUACUACCGUAUCACAGUUGUUGCCCCUGGCUACCACAAUGCCACCCGAUGUGUUCGAGUGAACAACAACUUGGAGGCCCAGCGUGGAGCUCAGCGAGUCGAUUUUGAGCUGGUUUCUAGUGACAAGCCACAGCCUUCCCAGGAGGAGUGUGAAGAGGUCAGGAUAGAGACAGUUGAAAAGGAGUACCCGCAGGAGGUGGGUGCUUUUAUUGCCAUGCGGCUCCCGCAGGAGGUGGGUGUUUUGGUUGAGAUGGGGCUCCUACAGGUCCAGGGUGCUGGGGAGUCAUGGGGCUCCUGA